UCACUCCCUCCAUUGCUCUCUAUCUCUCUCAGUCUGCCUCUCUCGCRAGCUUUGUGUUUUUCUCCUUUGCCUCUCUAACUCAGCAUCCACCUCUCGUUGAUGGCGUGUGUCAGUGCUGUUGGGGCGACUGAGGCCUAACGCGCUGGGCCCUUCCCCCGAUUCUCUACACCUUCCCUGGGCCUCUGUCUCUGCCUCUUCCGUCGGCCCGACAGCCUGCCUGGCUACCUCCCCCACCCCCCGUGUGCUGGUGUCUGGGCUCAAGGGGUGGAGGAGGAGGGAGCAACGACGUUCCGCUUCACUUGGGAGCCGUUCGGCAAUUAGCAAUGCCCUAGACCCGGCAUCAUUUAGCCACUUGGAAUAUCUCGGGUUUCUCCAUCCGCCUGCCUGUCUGUCUCUCUAUCCAUCUGCUGGUCUCCCUCCAUCCGUGGAGGGGGGCAGAGGAAUGAAAAUCUGCAAUCAUGAUGGAAGGACUGAAAAAACGUACCAGGAAGGCCUUCGGGUUACGAAAGAAAGAGAAGGAUACAGAUUUCACGGGCUCACCUGACAAAGAUGGAGUAAGUACGAGAAAGAAAAAGACCAACGGGGCUCCAAAUGGCUAUUAUGGGGAGAUUGAUUGGGAUCGAUAUGCCGCUCCAGACGUGGACGCUGAGGGCUUCAGUCUCAGACCCGGAGAGGAGGGGGAAACAGCUCCCAAAGGCAAGCAGCACUUCUUCUCCUCCAGCGACUCGGAGGACGAGGACGACAAGAGGAAGUUCAAGAUCAAGAUCAAGCCGUUGCCUGCCGACACUGCCAAGUGUGCCGUCCCAUCUAUGGACCAACUGAAAGCUUCAGUUGGGGGCUUGGCUCUAUCUCCCUCUCUGCGGAGAAGUCCGAGACGCAGCCCGGGCUCGAUAAAGAGACACCUGUCUUGUGAGGAGAUUGCCAGACCCAGACGCUCCACCCCUACGCCAAGCCCCGCCCCAGAGACGCAAAGUGAGAGAGUAUCCCAGAGUCGCAGAGCAUCCCCAGCUUUCUUCGGGCUUCCCCCGGAGACGACCUAUGAGACACACAGAUAUGAUAGUAACAGAAAUGAUGUGGUCUGCAUAGAGGCCGACGCAUGGUGUGACUCCAGACCAUACCCUGACUCCCCUCUGACCAGAUCCUUUCCCACAGGAGCUCCUCCUCCACUGCCUCCCAAGAACAUCCCAGCAGCUAGUCAAGGCUAUUCUUUGACUGAUUCCUACGCUGAUUUACCCAAUGGGAGAAUAGUCCCAAGCCCCAACCCUAUCUACCUGAAUGUCCAAUCCCCAGCCUCGUACAGAGGUUCCCCUGUGCCUGACCUGGAAAACGUGUUCGGCCCCAUGGAAUCUUCCCAGACCAGUGAGGACAGGGCCUCGCCCCGAUGGAUCAGCUUCAACAGCGAGAGACCGCCCCCACCAGACGAACCGGCCCCGCCUCCGCCCUCUGCCUCUCCUCCUUCCGACUCGCCCCACUCCCUCCCCUCCACCCCAGACUCCCCCUGCCUCUCCCCGGGUGAAGAGAUUGCCAGACCCAUACGCUCCACCCUUACGCCAAGCCCCGCCCUCGAGACYCAAAGUGAGAGAGUAUCCCAGAGUCGCAGAGCAUCCCCAGCUUUCUUCGGGCUUCCCCCGGAGACGACCUAUGAGACACACAGAACAGAUAAUGAUAGUGAAGAGAUUGCCAGACCCAUACGCUCCACCCUUACGCCAAGGCCCGCCCUCGAGACGCAAAUGAGAGAGUAUCCCAGAGUCGCAGAGCAUCCCCAGCUUUCUUCGGGCUUCCCGGAGACGACCUAUGAGACACACAGAUAUGAUAUGGUCUGCAUAGAGGCCGACGCAUGGUGUGACUCCAGACCAUACCCUGACUCCCCUCUGACCAGAUCCUUCCCACAGGAAGCUCGUACAGAGGUUCCCCUGUGCCUGACCUGGAAAACGUGUUCGGCCCCAUGGAAUCUUCCCAGACCAGUGAGGACAGGGCCUCGCCCCGAUGGAUCAGCUUCAACAGCGAGAGACCGCCCCACCAGACGAACCGGCCCCGCCUCCGCCCUCUGCCUCUCCUCCUUCCGACUCGCCCCACUCCCUCCCUCCACCCCAGACUCCCCCUGCCUCUCCCCGGGCCCCCCUCCGGAUGAGCCUCCCCCCUCCCCGCCGCCCUUCUCCUCUCCCCCCGACUCUCCCAUCUCCAUUAUCUCUAUUCCUCCUCCAGAUGAACCCGUUCCUCCCCUGCCUCCUGACUUCUCCCCCCCGGACUCUCCGCCAUGCAUCGGCAUCGAUCCUAGCCUGUUUUUGGAUGAUGAGAUACUGGGGUACUCCCCUGCUCCCUCUGGCUCACUGGGGUACUCCCCUGCUCCCUCUGGCUCACUGGAGUACUCCCCUGCCCCUACCAGUCCCAUCCCUCCCCCCCUGCCUGUGGAGCGCUACCCUCGGGCGGGUGUCCCUUCCCCUCUGGCGUUCCUGAGGGAAGAGCAGCCUGACUAUAUGGCCUCGCCUCUUGGGCUGACCCCGGGCUUCAGGGGCACGCCGCCCCCACUCCCCCCGCUCACCUACAGGUCCAUGGUGUCCUCCCCCGGACCCUGCCCAGGCAGCGGCUCCUCCUCUCCAGCUCGUCCUUCCACGCCCCUGUCAGGAGGCAGUCCAAUCCCUCCCCCUCUUCCUACAAGGCCCUCCUCUCGACCCAAACUGCCCCCUGGGAAACCAAUAGGAGACCUGYCUCGACCCUUCAGCCCCCCAGUCUCCGGCAGCCCUCCUCCCUUCGCCCCCCUGGCCCGGGCUGAGAGUUCCUCCUCAAUCUCCUCCAUCACCUCACUGAGCGCAGCCUCCACCCCCACCCUGGGGAGAGAACUCAACAUAUCCACCACAGAGGAAAAACAGCCAGCCAUGGUAUGGUUUGACCAUGGCCGGUUUUAUUUGUCUUUCGAAGGAUGCUCCAGAGGACCCAGCCCACUGACCAUGGGAGCCCAGGACACUCUGCCCGUGGCGGCUGCCUUCACCGAGACCAUCAACGCCUACUUCAAAGGAGCCGACCCCAGCAAGUGUGUGGUAAAGAUCACUGGGGAGAUGGUGCUGUCUUUCCCAGCAGGCAUCACCAGGCACUUUGCUAGCCACCCGUCUGCCCCUGUGCUCACCUUCAGCAUCAGCAACUACAGCCGGCUUGAGCAGGUCCUCCCCAAUCCACAGCUACUGUGCUGUGACACCACCAUGUCCAAUGUGGACACCAAGGAAUUCUGGGUAAAUAUGCCAAACCUGAUGAGCCACCUGAGGAGAGUGGCUGACCAGAAGCCUCAAGCAACCUACUACAAUGUGGACAUGAUCAAAUAUCAGGUGGCAGCCGAUGGGAUCCAGUCGACUCCCCUGAACCUGGCAUUGAGUUGGCGUGGCGACGCCACCAGCACGGAUCUCAGGAUAGACUACAAAUACAACAUGGAGGCCAUGGCCGCCCCCUCGCCCCUCCACAACAUCCACUUCCUGGUCCCUGUGGACGGGGGCGUGCACAAGCUCCAAGCCAUGAUCCCCACUGCUACCUGGAAACCAGAGCAGCAGAAAAUUCUAUGGAAGAUACCAAGCCUUUCCCAGAGGUCUGAAAAUGGAGGAGUGGGGGCUCUACUGGGUAGGUUCCAGUUGACAGAGGGUCCCAGUAAGCCGUCCCAGUUGGCGGUGCAUUUCACCAGCGAGGGCAGCACUCUGUCAGGCUGUGACAUCCAGCUGGUGGGGACCGGCUACAGGCUCUCGCUGGUCAAAAAGAGAUUUGCAGCAGGGAAAUAUCUGGCGGACAACUAGUCACCACUGUUGUAAAAUGACACCCUUUCACCCAUACAAUGGCUUUUGAUUGUGAGGAUGAUGAGAGUCUACUACGGAUUCUUCAUUCAGGCUACAAGCUACCAACUGGAAAAACAACUGAAACUUUACACUUGAGCCGGGAACGGUGGAUGAUGGGAUAGAAGCAACAACAGGAUGUGAUGUAAUUCACAAAGUUCACCAGGGUAUCACUUUGUUUUGACACGCUCAACACAGUAGUCUCUCACUGUUGGGGUUAAUGCAAGUAGUACAGCCUUUUCCCGUUCUGUGCACCUUGAGGGUUGUCGAGACAAAGAUAAUGAAUUCAACACGUACGUUUAUCAAAGUCAUUUAUCAUUGGCACCACAUACAGUAAUCCAAUUUUUUUUUGUGAGAAGAAAUGUGUGAAUGGGUGAUGAUGGAAGAUUCACUGGACAGAUUUAUGUGAAAAGAUAUAGAUACUGUUAACAUUCAUUGAUAAUUCAAUAGAUUAUGAAAAUAAUUCCAUUCGCUAUGAUGACGUUUAGAUUGUAUUAUUUGAUGCUUUUUUUUUCAUUUCUCGGGUUGGUAAAACUAAUAUGGCACCAGUUGGUACUGUACCAGCAGGUUGAGGCCCACAACUUGGAGUCAACGUGGAGACAACAUUAUGUAUGAGGUGGUUGUGUGUUUGCUGGGAGGUCAAGUGGUUAAUGUAAUGGUUCACAUUGUUUACCUGAUUGUGGAUGGCAAAAACAAAGCAGGCUGCCUUACAGGCUGGAUAGUAGAGUUGCCUUGGACCAGAUAAAUGACUGAUCUGUUUGUCCCUUAGAGUUGUGUCCAUCUCCAGGAGGCUUAACCAAGCAAAACUGGUUGAAAUGACAUCAUUACAAUGAGAAACUGUUUGAAAUUCGUUCUUUAUGGCGUCAAUUCAACCAGUUUGAACCAGUUUGGCCCACUGGGAAAUAUAACCGGAGGACAUUUAACGAAGAUGAAAAAGUGCUACAAUAAUUAUUUAUCUAAAAUAGAAUACUAAUGUACGUAUAUGUAAUGGAAGCCCCUAAUGUUAUGUUUCUUUUGUUGUUUUUCCACCGUGUGGAGUAAAUAAGUGUUUUAUCAUUUUCUAAUAGCAAUAUAUUCAAAAUCAAUUUGUAAAAAAAAGUGUAAAUAUGAAAGAUGUUUCCCUUUGGACAUAUGGAUGUUUCUGUGUAUUGUCAAAUAAGAGUUAUGCUAUACGGUGGUGUUAGCCUUCACAAUACAUAACCAUUUAAAAAAAUGAUAAUUUCAAGUUUCAUUUCUAACAUGGAUUUCCUGUAAUAUACUGUGACUGUCCAUGGUUUAAAAAAAAAAAGAAAAUCUCAAAAGGUACAGCAUGAAAUCUGCGUUACUCAAGAAAGUUGUUUUUGGUACAUUUUCCUCUAACACGAUACUAUUUAUUUCAAGACAUUUAGGACGCACAGCAGCACACAAUAUGGAGUCGAAGAAAAAAUAUCCAUCAAGAGUCACCUCCUUAUCCAAUGCUAUUCCAACCUAGCCUGGUUAAACCAAACAGUAGUGAACGUAGCAUUCAGUCUAGUUUCACCAGGCUAAUUCAGACCUACGCCUUUUUAUAAAGUAAGUGUACUGUGAUUGCCUUCACUGUAACCUUUAGUCACUUCAUCGUGUUUGACCGUUCACCUAAAGCGUUGACCUUUGGCAUAAACUCCAACAACAUUACCACACUUCCAUGAUAUAUUGCAGUUAGUCCUCUUAUGUUUUCUCCUGAUUACAYUACAUGGGAUGUUCCAGGUGAACAACAGGGAGAACAGUCAUUGAUCAUAUCAAUCAAAAUCAUUUUGGUUUAUUACAAGAAUUCAGGGAGAACAUCUCCAGAGCAGAAGCCAAGAGACAUUUCUAAUUCCCCCUUCUCUAAGCAGACCCUUACAUUCUAAUCUGGUAGCGCCGAUGUUCUCUAAACAUGUCAUCAAUAUAAUAUCUGUGUGUCCUCGGCUCAGUGUACCUCCGGUCUGACGUCAAUCAUUGUCAACAAUAUGAGUUUCAUACAUAACAUAGAGCAUCCAGUCUAGUGACCAUCAACCUGUGAUACAAAUGAGUGUCACAAAUAGAAUACUUGAAAUCAUGUGUAUUAKWUAAAAAGGCAACAUAUAAAUAUGCUAAGAAUUGUGUUAAUUACUCUUAACUGAAUAUUAACUUUAUUACACCAACAACAAAUUAUUUUGCAUAACUAUAAUUGUUAUGCUCUUGCCCAUCUCAAGGAGAAAAUGUUUUGUGUAUUAUUUUAUGCAUUUUCACAUCAUUAUAAUGUUAAUAGCCUUACAUUGCCUCAGAUGUUAUUACUAAUUUCCAAAUCAACAUAUUCAAAAGGAGUCACAAACAAUGACAAACAUCGCUUUUUGUCCUUGAUAUUAUCACUAACUAUGGUACUAUGACUCUUUUGUCCUGGUUGCAAACUUUUAUUUCUUUGUUUGAGCCUUACUGGUCCUUAAAAAAGAACGCACAAAUAUCAAACUUCUCUCCAGAUAUGUAGAAGCAGCAAUUUAUAAAGGUUUCAAUAAUGCUUACAUGGUUUAUUAUUUGCCUUAUUCUGGAUUAGCAUAUUUCKAGCCAGUAAGAGACUUUCUGUAUGUUUUUGUUCUAUGAAUUUUAUGUUUUUCUGUCUGUAUUUUAUUCACUGCAUAGGACACAUUUCAUGUAAAUUUCCCAUCCAAAGAUUUUAAGAGUGAAAAUAUUUAAAAAAUGAAUAUAAUGUGAUAACUUUACCUGGUUUACUUGGUAAUAAAGAAUGGGAGAUUAUUGGAAA